AUGGUGUCGCCAUCAUCACCAAGAAGCAGCACAGACUCUUCACAGAUAGCUUCCCAAAUACACCACCAAUACCCACCUACAUGUCUCUCAACGCCCGAAGAAACCCUCUACCUAGAAGACCUUGAACUGAUGAUGCACUGGUGCACAACAACCUACAAAACGAUGGCAUGCGACCCCUCCGCCGAAAGAAUCUGGCAAAUCACCAUCCCCCAACUCUCCCUCCGUUACCCAUCCCUCCGCCAAGGCCUACUAGCCCUCUCAGCCCUUCACCUCGCCUCAACAAGCACCUCUUCCCUCCGCUGGCGUUACCUCGAAAUAGCCCGUGCUCACCAAGCAAACGCCCUCUCCGGCAUCCGCAUCGACAGCGAAGACGCCCCAGAAUGUCAAAGCCAAGCAACCUUCGCCCUAUGCUGCAUAAUGAUCGUCUUCCCCUUCGGCUACCGGCACAUCGACAGCGAGAACGACCCAGACUCCGACACCGAGCAGCCGGACAUGCUGGACGAGUUCUUCGAGGUCUUCCAGCUGACCCGGUGGCUGGUGAGUAUCAUGAUGCACUCAGCAGACCGUAUCACGGGCAGCGAGCUCAACCCACUCGUCGAGCGCGAGGAUCCGCCGGCGACGAUGCCGGACAUGUCGCGGCUGGUGGUUUUCUCGCUGCUGCGUCAGAAUGGAAUGGAGGCUAUGCGGGACGCGGCCCAUGAGAAGGAUAUCUAUGAUUCGGCCAUUAAACAUCUCAGUAAUGCGCUGAAGCAGCUGAUGAAGGGCGGCGAGCCGCAGGCUUUUGCUUUUUAUUGGUGUUUCCGGAUUCCAGAGGAGUUUCUCGAGCUGCUUGAGGCGCGGCGGCCGUUUGCCCUUGUUGUUCUUGCGCAUUAUGCGGUUGUCUUGCAUCGUUUGCGGGAUUCGUGGUGGAUGGGCGAUUGGGGGGCGCAGAUACUCAAGGAGAUUGGGGAUCUGCUUGAGCCGCGGUGGCAGGAGCUGAUUAGUUGGCCGAUAGAUGCCACUGGGUGUUUUCUGCCGAGGGUUGAGAUGCGAGUGCGGGGGAUACCGACGGUACCCCCUCUUGAAGCUUGA